AGAAUUUUUGAACGCACUUUUGAUGUAAUAUAUUUCAUUGGGCAGCAUCCACCUUCGAGAUAUGAAUGGCACAUACGUGGUGACGUAUCGGUUAAGCUCCGGGUAAAAUUUAUCUUUGCUGAUAUCGCAACCUUGACGUCAAAUGAACGAUAUUUGCCGUGUUCUAUUGUUCUCUUAUCGCUGGAAUUUGCGUGAGGUGUCCUCUCACAGUGUUAAUUCCUUGGGAGUUCUUCAAACGGAUUUCAAGGCUUGCAGUCAUGAAUCAGGCGAAAAUGAACGAAACAGAAAAUCCCGAUGAUUUUCCCGAUGACGAGGCAGCGGGCAAUUGUUGGAAUAUUGACACAGAUUUGUUAUACUUCUCGUCGAUAGACAGUGCGACGAAAAAAUGGAUAGAAACCCUGGAGCAUAUGUGGUUACUAUGGAAAAAGUGUGAAAUUAUUAGCAAAACAUUAAUAGAUUACUUCGAAACAGCACCGAAUCCGUAUCUUAGCACCUUGAAAAUAUUAACAAAUAUUCCAAAUACAAAUGCAAGACAUGUAAAAAGAGAGUCUACAGAGCUGGCGAUUGACGUCAUAGAUGAGUUUUCAUAUUGGCUUGAAGAUAGAAAAGAAGCUUAUAAGGAAUAUCUUGUUCCUGAUUUGAAAAUAGCAGCUUUCCAGUUAUUAAGUAACCAGAAACCUUUAAUUAGGAAGGUUUCUAUUUUAUAUGAAUUUGUAGAACAUAAAGAAAUCUUCUCACAAUUAAUACAGAAAACGAUUCAGGAAAAAAAAUACAAAGAAGCUGCGCAAUGUGCUGCGAUAUUGCAAUUGCAACAUUGCUUCAAAGAUCCAGAGAUAUUGUUAUUACCACUUAUAUUGCAAAAUAAGUUGGCUGUUAUGGAUGAGUUUUUAAUUGGUUGCCCUGAUGUACAAAUAACCUUGAUCAAAUAUUUAGAUAAUUUAAUAGCACCAGGGAGAAGCAUGCAAGCUAUAUUGGAUCGGUUUAUUCGGAAAAAUAAUAUAACCGAUGUUAAAAUAUCAACGUCGCAUGUUCGUCCAAUGACCAAGCUUAUUGCUCGUUUAAUAAAGCAACAUGAUUUAUCACCUGAUUUGUGCCCUCAUUUAAACACAAAACGGAGCGAAGGAGCGAUACAAUUUCUUAUACAUAAGCGUUAUGUCGAUGGUAGUUUAAGUGCCGAUAGUUGGAGGGAAAUGGUAAGAGAAGCAGUAGGUAAUGAUGCUACUUUACAAGCAAAUCUACUCUCAAUGCUAGUUAAUGUUAAUGAUGUACAAGAAGGUUUGUACUGGGCGAAAGAAUUUGAGAUACCCAAAAAACAGUGGCCAUGGCAUAUCAUAUAUGCAAAAGAACAAGAUGACGAAAAUAUAAAUGAUGGUGCAUCUUCUAGUAGCGAAAGAAAUCGGCCAUUAAAUGAACACAGUGAAAAGUAUCAUGUUUUAAAAUUACCGAGAGACCGUAUAAAAGUAAUAGAUAAUGGACGUUUAUUUGAAGAAUUUCUUGAUCAUGGAUUGAAAGGUGUCGGCAUAGUUGGAAUCGAUUCAGAAUGGAAGCCUAGUUUCGUAAGUAAGCAGUCAGAGCUAGCGCUUAUACAAAUAGCCACCAAUGAAAAUGUUUAUAUUCUGGAUGUAACUACGCUUGGCAAUGAAUUGUAUGACUUGUGGAGUGAAUUAGGCCUCAUAUUAUUUGGAAAUCAAGAUAUAAUCAAAUUAGGAUUUGGAAUCGCACACGAUAUGACGAUAAUACGGAAAAGUUUGCCUGCCUUGUCAUCCAUAAAAACAUAUGGACAAGGAUACCUUGACUUAAUGGAUUUAUGGAAUAAAUUAUCGGACGAUUACAAAUUUAUUUUCCCAUAUAAGGGAGAUCCAAAAUUCACAGGCAAAAGCUUAAGCAAACUCGUGGAAUUGUGUUUUGGACAAAAGCUCGACAAGUCUGAUCAAUUCUCGAAUUGGGAAUUGAGACCAUUACGAGAAAGUCAAAUAAUAUACGCUGCGUUGGACGCCUAUUGUUUGGUGGAGAUAUAUAAUAUACUAGCAGAAUCCUCAUCAGAUAUGGACAUACCAUUUCAAGAUAUCUGUAACGAAGUAUACCAUAUGCCACAGAGACUCCAGAAAACAAAUACAAAUAAGCCUACGUACAAGAAACCCAUGCGUCCUAAUUUAGUAGCGGGUAAUAGAAGCAACGAGAAUUACGCUAUGAAUACAGGAGCUGUGCCAAAAUACGAUGGAAUGUCUAAAAACGGAUCUAUGUCUAAACAUGGGUAUUCACAGAAUAAUCCGAACAAAUAUGACAAUCGUAAAAGGUACGAUAACCAGAAAAAGUAUAAAUAUAACAAACAGGAUAGCUAUAAUAAGCACGAUAAUUAUAACAAACCGGAUAGUUAUAACGGAAACGGUAAUUAUAGCAAACACGAUAACCAAAAUAGAUACAAUAACUGUAACAAAGAUGACAGUUACAACCAACGCGAAAGCCGAAACAAACAAGCAUAUAGCAAUCAGAAUAGAUAUGACAGCCAUAGCAGGUACGAUAGUCAAAAUAGAUACGACGGCCAGAAUAGAUACGAUGGCCAAAGCAGAUAUGAUGGCCAAAAUAGAUACGAUGGCCAGAACAAGUACGAUGGUCAGGGCAGAUACGAUAGCCAGAACAGGUACGAUGGUCAGGGCAGAUACGAUAGCCAGAACAGGUACGAUAGUCAGGGCAGAUACGAUGGCCAGCGUAGGUAUGAUGGCCAGAGUGGGCACGAUAGCCGAAGCAGAUAUGAUAAUCAAAAUAAACGCGACAAUCACAAUAGAUACGGUAGUCAGGAUAGAAGAGAUAUUUGGAGUAGACAGGAUGUUCAGGACAAAGACUUCCAGAACAAACGAGAUGUAGAAUAUAAGAUGAAAAAUAUUUUGGAUAACAGCAGACCGCAAUCUGUGCAAGUGUGUGGCGAGCCAAUCGCCGCGCACACAUGGCGCGUUGUGUGUGACUCGAUGCUGGGCGGCUUGAGCAGCAGAUUACGAAUGUGUGGCGUGGACUGUGUCCAUAUAUUGUUUGACGAGGGAGGGAAUGAAUCCGCCACAUUAGCGAUGACUGAACAGAGGUAUUUGUUGACACGUCACAGAAACUAUCAAAGAUUCGAGAAGUACAUAUCGCUGGAUAAAUGCUACAGAGUAGAGGAAGACACGCCUGAGAAGCAGCUGUAUGAGGUCUUAAGCCACUUCGGCGUCAAGGUCACGCGGAAUGACAUUUUCAGUCGUUGCCAGAAGUGUAAUAACGAUGAAUUCGUGAAAAUCCCUAAACAUAUCAUGGAUAGGUUGAUGCAAAACUUUAUAAAAAGUAUGAAAAGGAACCAUUAUCGCGUGGUCCCUUUCGAACAAAGGAACUGUCAAUUCGACGAUACAUCGAGAAGCAACGAUGACGACGCUUCAAGCGACGACAUCGAAUUGGAAACUAGUAACCCGAUAAGUUACUUGACAAAUAGUGAGCAUCGUAAUUGGCGUUUAACCACGAAUCUCGAUAGCAUCGACAUUAUGAUGUGUAUGACUAAGCAUCAGACGCGAAUACAAAUUGAUAAGGUCCCUUUCAAGAUAUUAAAGAUUAUGCAAGUCUUUUAUGCAUGCGAGUAUUGCGGAAAGGUAUAUUGGGACGGCUCGCAUUUGGAGCGGACACUCAAUGGUGUUAUUAAAGAUUUAAUUGUAGAGUAAGUAUAUUACAUGUGAUAGAAGACUCGAAAACAGGUAUGCUCAAAGGAUUGGAAAAAGCACAAGAAUCAAAAUCGUCCCUAGUUUAAAUAAAGCUUCGAGGGCAUGAUAAUUGUUCCUAGGAUCAACGCCAAUGAUAAAUAUACAAUAUUGUCAGGCUUACUAAAGACGUCUAGUCGCGUUAAUAUUUGCGGCAUAGAGAUAAUAUAUAUUCGUAUCGAUACAUAGUUACCAUUCCUUUUUGCAUUUCUAAAAUCUGAUACGACAAUAUUGUAUUUUAUAAUCUUCCUUUUGUUUUAACACACACACACACACACACACAUAUAUAUAUAAUUUUUGAAUAAGGUUAAUCCAAUUAAAUUGUUUAUCGUAUUUGUUACCUCAUAUCAUAGAAAUGUCAUGGAUUUUUAACAUAAUUGCUAAGUUAACAAUUACUACUAUUGAAUCAUUUUAUAUUAACAUAGAUUGUUAAAUAAUCUAAAACAUUGAUUAGAAUUUAAAUUUCUAUUUCCUUGUUUCUUCUCUGUUUCGUUUUUAAUUAAAUAUAUACAUAAUGGGAGAUCUGAGAUAUAGAUUGAAUAAUGAUGAGGACCAUAAGAUGAGAUUUCUACUACAUAAUUGCAUGAUUGAGGGCAUGUACAAUAUCUUCCAUAUAAAAGCGAAUGUAAGCCAAUUGUACCGAGUGUAUCUAUUUUGCUGCUCGUAUGUAUUCUACAACUAGAACAACUAUUUGCAACUGUCGUAACUUUUCAACGAAAGGGUAGAUACCCCUUAGAGUACAAGAUGAUGUUACUUUAAUUUUUCACAAAGUAUAUAUAUUUCACUUAUCACUAUUUGACAUAUAUUAUAUAUAAAUAUAAACA